UACAAAAUGGCGAAACCUUUGCAAAAGGGACGAGAGAACAGAUCAGCGGAGAAGAAGGAUCUGGCCUUCCACCCUUACAUUAUAUCCCCUGAAAGUGCGCACACGUCGAUAUUGUUGCUCGACGCUGUGGAACCUGAAAUAAUAUGUCAGACCCUCCGAGCGAUAACAAAGUUUGCGGCGCAAGAGAUGACGAACCGUGAAAUCCUGUUCGAUUUGGACGCGAUAUCACACAUCCUGCCUCACGUAGAGGCUCUGGAACUGAACAUCCGAAGGUUUGCUCUUAAGGCCUUAGCACAGCUCUGCCAGUUACCACGAGGACCAGAGCAAGUAUUGCAGGACCCACAAAACUUGAGAAAGAUUGCUUCCAUGCUUGUGAGGUUCGAAGAUGUCUUCGUUUUAGAGUUUGCGUCUUUAGUUCUGGCAGAACUUACUAAGGAACCACUUGGUUGUGAACAGCUCCUGUCAGCUAACAUCCUCAGCACUUUAUUUGCCAGGAUGAAAAAUAGUCUAGACCCUGAUGUUCAGAAAAAUUGUCUUCAGACAUUAAGCAACCUCCUGGAAGAUCCGAUAUGUGCUGCCGAAGUGACGAAGAAUACACAAUUCAGCUGGCCGUCACUACUAGCGCUGAUGCAAAGCAAGUUCCUCGCAAUACAGCAUGCAGCUAUAAAGACCGUUGACCAACUGAUCUGCAGAUACAAGGACCAGGUUGUGCAGAAGACGUUCCGAGCUUCUAGUGGUGUUUUGGAUCUCUGCGAUAUAUUGGAGUCAUAUGAAUUCCGUGACGUCCACGCAAUGGUGCUGGGCGUACUCCGCAACUACGUGGAGACUGAGGAGAAUGCGUCACACGUCUACCAGUCGGGAUGUAUCCUUCGUCUGCUCGCCUACCUGGACGUGGCGCUGCCGGCUAUGAAGCCACAUUGCUUGGCUGUCCUUACUAAAAUGUCUUACACCGCUAAUGGGAGAGAGGCUCUAUUCAACACGGAGACCGACAUGGUGUUUUGCAACCAGCUACUGAGCUCCAACGUGGAUUUGUUGGCUGACGCGGCUAUGGGCGUCGCCAACAUGACGCAGCUUCUAGCGUCCGCUGUGCGCAUGUGUGAUAAUACCAAUAUUAUAGAUGCUUUGUGUGUGAUCGUCGCAGAUGACUCAGCAAUCUGGUUCUAUAUCAGGCUAAACGCUUUGAAAGCCAUAGUGGAGCUAUGUCGAGUGAUCCCUAAAGCUGCCUUCACUGUCGUCGAAAGCAAGUCGUUUACCGCUAUCAGAAAUGUCAACAAAAAAUUCGCUCAGACUCCCAUCGAAGCUCAAAGGCUAGCGGUGCAGUGCUACAUUAACCUGGAGAUAUAUCAUGUCAGCAAGAAAGCCAUGGUCAACGGAGACUUCAUGGCUGAACUCCUCGCCAUCUUGCAGCGCCCAGACAUCAGCUUGAAGAUCCUAACGUGCACUGUACUGACCGGUCUGAUGACGGAGGAGAUAGCUAGGGAUCUGUUCACCUUGAAGAAAGGCGAGGAUCCAAUUGGUCAGCGUUGGCACUGUUGCUACUUGCGCUGCGAGCCCACCGCGCCCUCUGCCGGACACCUCGUGGUGUUCGGCAGAGGGCGCUCGUGCGUUUGCUUCCAACUUCGGCGGCGCGUUGACGAUGUUAAAGCGCACGUGAUAUCAAAGAACCUGCUCAUAGAACACGUAGGGCUGGCCACUGCGCUGUGCUCGUUCAUCAUCGCCAGCGUCAGCAACGAGGGAGCAGACAUAUACAUAGACUUGGGGACUGUACAUUAUAUGGUGGAGAACAGACAAGCGCGGUACAUAGUGAGUGCGUGGGAACCAGCGCUGGAGGCCAUCUUCCGCCGACAUCCGUCCGCCAAGCUGGCGUACACUGGCAGACUGGACAUUAAUGACUUCACUCAGGAGGGUUUCUACUGCCUCAAACGGCUCGACGACCGUUUCCCCAGCAUCCAGACUGUGAUGAUGCAGACAGGUCGGCCUCGCAAUCCCGUGUUCUUCUGCAUGUUCCUGCAACCAUCACAUGAUGUCGGCUCAGGAACUAAUCUUGCGAGCUCUUACCACUUGUCUGAUUCUAAACUGGCGACGAUCUCUGGAAGGAUGCGGUUCCCUCCUGUACCUGAUGACUCUAACCUACGGGAGUAUCUUCUUAAGCUACGUCUAUGGUUCGGUGACCCAGCAAGAUCACUGCAUUACUUUGAGAUAGAAGAUGCUCAUUACGAAGUGAGAUACCGGGAGAAGUGCGAAGAAGUAUCAUCGUCACUGAAGCAGCGCGCGCAGCUACUGGGGGAGUACGUGGCGGAACAAAUGAGUGGACUAUCUCAGGAGAGGGACUGUUCCAUGCCUAGCGUAGACUUACAUCUUGCUGAUCUUAUGUCGGACCUAGCGUCCCCAGUGAUAGGCCUGGGCUACGUGAAGUGUGGCGGUCCGCUGGAGAGGGCGCUGCUGUACAAGGUGCUGGCAGACCGUGUCGGUAUACCGUGCGCCUUGUUCCGCUCCUCCAGCGCGUACGCAUGGUGCGAGGUGGGGGUGCCUGAGAUUGAUCCUGAAGAAGACCGCGAGAAAGUACACAACUUCCCAGCAGGUUUGCUCAGAGCGAACUACAUAGUGGACCUAAUGAUAAAGCCUGGACGACUCAUACCACGCGGGGGUAGGGACUCCAAGAAGAUCUGCGGCCCAGUCUGUUCCCCACCUUAUAUUUCUAGGAAACUACCAUCAGUUUGCAAAUGUGAGAAGAAAUGUGACUAGUUCAAUAAAGAGAGAAAGAGAGUGAAGAGAUAUUGACUGCACGGUUGUCGCGGUGGCUGGGCGACCGGCUGACGCGCAUCAUGCAGCGGGUUCGAUUCCCGCACGGAGCAACUUUUUAUGUAGUCCACAGACUGUUGUUCCGGGUCUGGGUGUCAUGUGUAUGUGAACUUGUAUGUUUGUAAACGCACCCACGACGCAGGAGAAAAUCCUAGGGUGGGGAAACUAUUUAAAAAAGAAAAAAAUAAGACGUGGAGCUGCGCUGUGAUAGUACUAAAGUUGAUAGACAUGUAGAUACUGUAAUAUUUAUAUGGAUGAUAAAUCUG